CUCCUCGCCCCCCCCAUCCCCUCCGCGCCCAUCUCCCCGCGGCCGCCAGGGGGCGGUGCUGCUGAUGACGCCGUCGGAGCUGUGCCACGGCUACUAUGACGUCAUGGGGCAGUACGACGCGGCGUUCAAUUGCUCGACGGGCGCGUUCCGGUUCUGCUGCGGGACGUGUCAUUACCGGUUCUGCUGCGAGCACCGCGGGCGCCGCCUGGAGCAGCGGCGCUGCACCAACCUGCAGAGCCCCGGCUGGGCCCGCACCGCGCCGCCCCCCCCCCCGCGCCACGGCACCGCCGCCAGGGGAGGGGCGGGCGGCGGAGAAGAGGAGGGAGGACAAGAGAGAGGAGGAGGAAGAGGAGGAGGAGGAGGAAGGAGAAGAAGAGGGGGGGGCGAUGGGGGGAGCGGGAGCAGCGGCACCCCCUAUGUGGUGUGCGGGGUCGUGAGCCUCGUGCUGGCGGUGGCGGUGGCGGCCAGAGCGGUGCUGGGGAGGGGGGGGGCGGGAAGGGAGGAGCCGGGGCAGGACGACGGGGCCAGGGCGCUGAUGGACGUGCUGCGGCACCAGGCGGGGGGGGGCCGGCCUGAGCGGCGCAGCAGUGGGGUGCUGCCCCCCCCGCCCCCUGACAAUGGUCCCGCCCGGCCCCCCAAGACCCUCUACAGCACCGUCAAGGCCUGCAAGGGCAGCUGGGGGGGGCCCAUGGGGGACACGGGCCCCCACAGCUACGUCCACCUCGGUUUGGGGACCCCCGAGCACCGGGCGGCCACGCUGGACUGGCGGGGGCCCCGCGCGGGCGCCCUGAGCUGCUCCCGCUCCUUCCACAACCUCUCGCACCCGCCCCCCCCGUACGAGGGGCCCCCCCAGCCCGAGGUGGGGCGCUGCGCCUCCCUGCGCCGCCUGGCCGAUCGGGACCCGGACGACCCGUGGGGGGGUUACUGGGGUCCCGCCUGGGCGCCCCCCCCCCGCGGCGCGCUGCCGAUGGUGCCGCCCACCCCGCGCGGAGGCCCCGCCCCUCGCCGCGUCCUAUCGCAGGAGCUGCUGCUGGCUGCGGGGGGGGGCGGCGGGGGCUGGGGCGGAACCAUGCCCCGGGCGCGGGGGGGGCCCCGCGACCGCGCUCCCUCCCCGCGGCCGCCGCCUCCCCCGCACGCCGUGUCCCAGAGCAGCCUCGCGGGGGGCGCGGAAAGGGGCGGGGGCCGGGGGGGGGGCGGCGGCUCCUCCUCCCCCCCGCCGCCCGCCCCCCCCCCGGGCCGCCGCCGCCCCCCCCCGGCGCCGCGCACCACCGGCGGCAGGCGUUCGGGGCGCAGCGGCAGAGCACGGCCGAGCUGCAGCUCCUGCCCGGGCCGCCCCCCCCCUCCGCGGGGCCCCACGGGCACCACCUCCGCACCGGCAGCCGCACCGAGGUCACGGUCUGAACCGGGGCGGGGGGGGGGGGGCACCGGGAUACACCCCCCCGGGAACCCCCCUCCCCGACGGAAUGGGGUCACCCGGAGACAGGGACACCCCGUCCCCCCCUCCGGGACCGCAUUGGGACCCCUUUUGGGAUCCCCCCCCUAAAGGACUGGGGUCACUUGGGGACAGGGACACCCCCGAACACCCUUAGGACCCCCCCAUGCGACCCCCCCCAUGGAAAGAGGUCACUCGGGGACAGGGAACCCCCCCCGGGACCCUCCUCCAAGGACUGGGGUCACUCGGGGACAGGGACACCCCCCCCCCGGGACCUCAUUGGGAAACCUUUUGAGAUCUGCCCUCCCCCCGGACUGGGGUCACCCGGGGACAGGGAACCCCCCGGGGACCCCAUUGUUACCCUUUUGGGAUCCCGCCCUCACGGAAUGGGGUCACUCGGGGACAGGGACACCCCCGAACACUCUUAGGACCCCCCCAUACGACCCUCCGUACGGACUGGGGUCACUUGCGGACAGAGAAUCCCCCCCGGGACCCCAUUGGGACCCUUUUGGGAUCCCCCCCCCCCAGACUGGGGUCACUUGGGGACAGGGACCCCCCCCCUGCUCGUGCUGGGGUGACCCCCGUGCUGAUGUCACCAACAGGGGGCCCCCGCCCCCCCCCGGCUCCUCCAACCACCCCCAAGGCAAUGACAUCACAGCCCAGGAGUGAUGUCACAGCCCUCGACAGCCAAUGAGGCCGCGGGCGGGGGUGAUGUCACCCCUGGAGGGCCCCCCCCAGCAGCGGCUGAUGAUGUCAUGGUGACAUCACGACCUUGCACUGAAUGAUGUCACAGCCCUCACCAUGGCGGCCGAUGAUGUCACAGCCUCCACCUCGAGCAGCCAAUGAUGUCACAGCCCCGUCAUGCGGCGGCCAAUCGCAUCACUCGAUGUCAUUGCACCGGAAACUGGUGAUGUCACCUCGGCAGCUGAUGACAUCACAGCCCUCCGAUGACGUCAGCACUGUGGACUCCCGCCCUUCCCUGCCGGGAUGAUGAUGUCAUCGCCCCGGUGGCGAUGUCACCGGGGUUAUGACGUCACGGCGAUGUCACUGCCAAGACUCUGCCCUCAGCCCCGAUGACGUCAUGGGGCGGGGCCUUUUUUGAUGAUGUCACCUCUCUCCCCCUCCCCCCUCCCCCGGGGGGAGAGAGACUUCCUGUUUUUAACUCCUCCCCCCCCUUAUGACGUCACGUCCCCGGUGAUGACAUCACCCCUUGUCGAGUGCUCUGAUGACGUAACCCCCUCUCCGUGACGUCACAGCCCCUCCCUCCUCCCCCCCCCCCCCAGAUCGAAGCCAUACAAUGGGGGAGGGGCGGUCCCCGUGACCCCCCCCGUGACCCCUGCGCGAGGCGGGGGGAGGGGCCACGUGCCUUAGAGCCCCGCCCCCCUCGAGACCCCCUCCCCCUCAACCGCCUUCCUCCCCCCACCCCCUCCGGGUCGGGACCCCCCCCCCGGGGGGGGGUGGGGCGAUGGGAGGGGAAUAAAGUGACAUUUCCUG